UUGACCUUGGCCUCUUCUCUGUGGCUCCGCCCCUGGCCCGAGGGUCCACUCCCUUCCCCCAGUCCUCUCCGUCCUCUCCACCUGGGGGCAAUCCCCCUCUUUGACCCUCGCCACCCCGCAGGCUCCUGCGAGCAGUGCCCCGCGUCGUGGCUGCCCUUCCAGGGCUCCUGCUACCUUUUCUCCGAGCUAAAGGCCCCAUGGGAUGAGGCCCAGCGCCAGUGCGAGGGCGCCGGCGCUCACCUGGUGAUUGUCCGAGGCAUUGAAGAGCAGGGCUUCCUGAGUCGGAACACGCGAGGCCGCGGUUACUGGCUGGGCCUGAGGGCCGUGCGCCGCGGGAGCAAGAUCCAGGGCUACCAGUGGGUGGACGGAGUCUCGCUCAGCUUCAGCCACUGGAACCGGGGGGAGCCCAAUGACGCUCGGGGGCGCGAGGACUGCGUCAUGAUGCUGCGCACGGGGAUGUGGAACGACGCACCGUGUGACAACGAGAGGGACAACUGGAUUUGUGAGAAGAGGCAGAGCUGCUGACCCCGCCCAGUGGCCCCGAGCCACGCCCACCGCCGCACGUGCGCUUUUUGAGCUGCUCGCGGCUACGGAUCCGCCCACCGCCGUGGAUUUUUUGUUUUCCCACCAACCGCAACUGACAACCACCCUGCGCAACCCAGCCCGGUGCAGUGCCUGCGCUCUGGAACCUCUGCUCCAACUUACCUGCGACCCCUCGCACAGGGACCUCACCUAGCCUAGGCUUCCCCGGCUCCAAAAUCCCAGCUCCUUGGCCCAUGAUCUCACCCCACCUCUCUCUCUAGCCAAGGCCGGCUGACUGAGAUGGAGCGGUCUGGUUUGCUUGCAUUUUCCCCAGACUGGGAGGCCUCCAAGAUAGUGGUAUGUGAGCUGUCUUUGCUGCCCUAGGGAGCAUCAAUAAAAGUUUGAGAAAUGAAUCUUGGUUUCUGGCUGUAAGGAGCUGUUCUAAGCUUUAUCCCAGAGACCCUGAUGAUCCCUGUGAUUGUCCCGGACCUCCCUGAGUGACUCCAGGCCCUACGAUGCCAAAAAACCCAGGAGUAACCUGCUCCGGGCGAGGAGGGCUGUAGGGCACUGGGGACACAGGAACGAGUCAGACCCAGUCGUUACCCCCCAGGACCCCCUCAUUCUGGUCUAGCUGGACACAGAGACCCUGUGAGCAGUGACUCAAUGGAGGCAGGCAUGAAGGAGUGACAGCUGACACAUUUGGAGGAGCCACUUUUGUCCUCAGGGACAGGGACUGUGCUGACAUACUACAGUGGUGGCCCCUUUCCUUGAGGAGACUGGCACCCCCUUGUGGAGAUGACAGGCAGCCUGAGACAAGACCCUGGUGCAGGUGGGAGACGGGUUUGCCAGGAUCUGAUGAGCAGGUCCCUUCUGUCUCAGGCACCUAGCUUCUGUGACCACUGGGUGGGACAAUCAGGAAAUACAUCCCAGCACAGAUGGGCUUUCCAGGAACAAUGGGAUUUCAGCAUGUGGAGCUGGGAAGGGAGGGCUUUGCAGGCAGAGGGUGUUGGAAGGUGUUGAGUAUGGCUGAGCACAUUUGGGGGUGCGGGGUGCACGGAGCCUGGAUGUAUCAACUGGGGACUUUUGAUCUGAAUUCAGCCACCACUCCCAACGAUUCCUGAUUCCAUCCUGGGGACCUAGGGCUCUCCUAGAAUUUCCGGUGGAGAGGAGUACAAUGAAGGGGAAUGGCAGGCUAGCAGCCUUUAGUUUGGGGCAGAACUGAAUCCAGAACAAAAGGCGACUGGGAGCUCCCUGGUUGUGCAGCCCCGAGAGCAUCGACUGAGCAGGAAAGGAGACAACACCACCCACCCUCCCAGGCCAGGUGGACCUUUCACUGCUGUAACCACACAAACCCCAAGCCUUCUCUGGGCCUCUACAAGUGCAGCCCAGAGCCAGGCACUGACCAGACCCAGGAGCUGCCUGACUCCUGGACAGACAGUAUAUGUAGUGGAAUGUCGGCCACACUGACGGACUUCCAGACAGGCAGCUGGAGGAGUGUAUGAGUUUCCUAAUGCUGCUGGAACAGAUGACCACCAGCUUAGUGGCUUAAAAGAACACACAUUUAUUCUCUUACAGUUCUGAGGGUUAGAAGUCCAAAUUAGUUUUAGUGGGAUGAAAUUAAGGAGUCAUCAGGGCCAGGCUCCCUCUGGAGACCCAGGGAAGAAUCCAUUUCCUUGAUUUUCCAGCUUCUAGAGCUGCGUUCCUCGCAUUCCUCAGCCAAUUGCCCCUUCUUCCAUUUCAAACCAGUAGAGUAGCAUCUUGCUCCCUGCCAGGAACAUAGGACAAAGACCCAUGAAAUUCUUUAAUAUAUUACAUCUUCCUAACAUGAAAUCCUUAAUCACAUCUGCAAAAUCUCUGUUGCCAUAGAAGGCAACAGUCAAGGUUCCAGGGGUUAAGACAUGGAAUCUUUGGGGGCCACUGUGCAGCCUCACACGAGACAUAACCAGAUGACAAACAGAUUCACAGGUGGGGCAGCAGCCAAUACCUGCCUGGUGGCCUACGUGCUUGGUGAGCUGGGUCAAUGGUGUGGAGGACUCACGGAUUCUAGUCUCACUUCCUGACAUUCACAUGGAGACUCCUGGCCAAGUGAGGAGCAAGAGAGACACACUGAUAGCCAGACUUUCUGCCUGUCAGGUUGACAGCCGACAAUCAGACUGAAGUUGUAGUGACAGAAAUACAGCAGCACAGGUGGGCAGAAGGGUCCCAGGCAGCUCUCCUGGGGAUUCAGCUGAGUGAGUGCUGGCUACGUGUGAGACAGAAGGAAGAGAGCCCGGAGCCGCUGGGGGAUCUUCCAUGGACCUGGCAUCGUCAGAUCAAGUCCUCUAGCUCCUGGUACUCCAGGUUCACAGACAGGGGUCCAGGACCCAAGAGAGCCCUAGGUCAGGAACCCAGAGAGCAAGGUGGCUGGCCUAGAGACCCCCAUCCUGCCCUCUGCACUCCUGGUCAGCUCACAGGCUCUGCCUCCCAGCCACCUGGCUCUAACCUGCCAGCAUUCAGCAGGUACAUGGAGACCCUGAAUGAGAGGGUCAGAGUCAUGUUCCCCCCUCUUAGACUCUUGGCCCCACAUCUUCCUCUCUCCAAGAUUCAACCUCCCUGGGGAGAAAAGGGAGCUAUAACCGAACCCUAAUACUGGAACAGCCUUUGACCUUCAGUUGGCUUUUGUUGUCCUGGAGAGUCAGUCUUGCCAGAAAGACUGUAUUGUACAGGCUCACAGGUGGAGCCUGGACACAGAGAAGCCCUGUGAUGUUUCCCUGGGAGCCUGGCUGAGCCGGGUCAGCAGUCUCAAAGACAGACUCCCUUUCCUGGAGACACUAGAGGCCCUGAGAUAGCCCCAUAGGAUCUGAAAUGUACCUGCGUGUCUGAGACCCACCAGCAAUUGUGAGAACACCAUGAUAGGCCCAUAGUAGGCAGAAUGACAAACUCUCAAAUUGUCCGGGUCCUAAUCCCCCUGAACCUAUGAGUAUGUUACCACAUGGCAGAAGGGACUUUGCACAUGGGAUUAUAUUAAGGGCCCUAAGGUGGGGAGAGGAUCCUGGAAUAUCCAGGCUGCCCAAUGUCAUCACAGGGGCCCUUAAAAUUGAA